GCCCCUCCCCUUAUGUGACAGCCCCACCCACACCAUCUAUGAUUCUGUCUGUCGAUCUGUUUCUGUCUCAUUCUCAGAAUGAAGUAUAUUCUGAAAGGACAGAUUGUCGUGUGUAUGUGUGUUUGUGUGAGUGUGCGAUGAUGGAUAGUUGGCAUUAGGUCUAGUCAGCUGUGCGGCUCUGUUACAGAGGGAGAUUUGUACGGAGACACACCCGCUGUCAGGCGCACAUGGCUAAUGGAGCAGCAGGAUGCGUACACGGUCAUUUAUGUCCUAUAGAUGAUUAACAGCUAAUUAAAGUGCAAUCUGGACGACCAUGCUAAGUGCUGCUUGUAAAAUUUACUGCACUCUCCAGAAACACGACAGGAGUGUGUGUGUGCACGUGUGUUUGUCUGUGUGUGCGUGUGUGUGUGCACGUGUGUUUGUCUGUGUGUGUGUGCGUAUGUGUAUGUGUGUGUGUAUGUGUAUGUAAGCACACAUUCCUCUCUCUUGUCUGGGUAACUUGGUACUUAAGUAUUAGAAAGUGUGCGAAUUUUAAAAGUGUGUAGUAGAUUAGUGUACAAAUACACACACACACAAACUGUGUGGUAGGGGAUUAUGGUGGAUUUUAAACAGACUCCAUCUAGAGACUGUUUUAAAUCUGUCUGUCUGACUCUCUCUCUCUCUCUCUCUCUCUCGCUUUCUCUCUCUGUCUUUCUGUACCUUUCUCUCUCUCUGACAGUAAGAGCAGUGUGUUGAUCGUGUUGAUAAUGACUUGUGUCUGUUUAUUGUCACAGUAAAGUGUACAUUCCCAGGCCUCUACGGUAACAAUUUCUUUUAGGAGCACUUGGGCUCCUAAUUACAAAAAUUUAGGAGCACAGUCAAAAAUUUUGGAGCACGGUUGAAGUUGAGGUUUUUUUUUUUUGUUGUUGUUUUUUUGAGAUGGUAAUGUUAAUGUGCCACAAUAUAACACACAAGUAAGCAAGAGAAAACUUGAGCUUGUCAAUUAUGACAGAAUUUAGGAACAUAGUGUGAGCCAUGACACAUUAAUUUACCUUCUGAUAAACUAAAUUUAAUAUUUUCAGUUCAUUUUACAGACUGUAUGCAAAAAACAACAACCUUUAACCUGUUCCACCUUGUAAACAAAUACAGUAAACAUCAAUGAUGUUUGUGUUUGAAGUCUGCUCCGCUUAAAUAUAUUUAAAGCUACACUAUUAGACAUUUCCACUGUCAUGGUUCUGGGCUGGAGUCAGUUCUCGAACCGCUCUGUGUAUAUUGUGUAGAUAUCUGAAUAAUCUCAUAUAGGAUGUGAUUGGGUGAGUUCAUUUACCCGUCAGAUGGGAAGCGCUUUAGUUUAAUGGUGUUCAUUAGGGAUGCUCCGAUCAGGAUUUUUACAGCCGAUACCGAUCCAGAUAACAAUCUUUUUCUUGUUUAAACUUUAAUCAGGACGUCUAUCAUAAACAGUUAAAUGUAAGUUCUCUGCUCGUGGUCACUGUUAACCGAAUUAAAAUAAUAGUAAUGAGAAAUACUGUUGCUCAAUUGAUAAAUAAACGAGCAUAAAAUAUUUUAUUUUUUAAAAAUAUCUUAAACAAUAAAGAGUCCUAAUUAAAAGUAGACUAACACAAGCACGACCCAUAUUAGGAAAAAGGCUAAAAGCUUUCUAAGGAAAUAGCGAACUAAGCUUAAUGUCAAACUGAUAUUAAAUGCAACCCAUAGUAAUUAAACGUUAUUUCAUUUCUCAUUUUAUUUAUAUUUUAAGAAGUUAUUAUAAUAUCUAUUUUUUAUAUUAAAUGAUUUAUUUAUAACUAAGCACAUUUUCUGUCUUUACAUUUUUUUUUUUUGUUUGUUUGUUUGUUUGUUUGUUUAUAAGUUUUAGAUCGGUUCCCCCAAUACAGUGUUGCCAUGUCUGCUGAUAAUAUUGUGUUAUUUUGGGGGUUUAAAAUCAGAACAUGGAAACUGGAGUUGACUUUUCUGGUGAUAUCUGGCAACCCUGAGUUUAAAUAAAGCGAAUACGCUAUUAGAGUUAGUGAAUGGAGAGGGGCUGUGUACUGUAUGUUUACAGUCUGAACAGUUGCUACUCUUAAUUAUGAUUGAUGAGGAAUUAUUUAAUAAAGAAGUUUGAAUUAAACCUACCUUUUAGCGUUAGCAUUAUUAUUAAUUUACUCCGCCCGACGCCGCUGUGUCUACACGAGCAGGUGAAAGUGCAGGUCAUUUUGCGGGAUCAAUAAAAGGUGGCAGUUUGUGAGAUCGGGAAGUUGAGAGAAGCAGAUGAUGUUCAGUGUUACUCGUCAUCAUAAUGGCUUCUCUGCAGUAUUUACACACUUGUUCGGUUGACCGAGGAGAUGAAAAGCAGUGUGGAAGUAACUGUUGUGCGGUGUAGAUGCAUUUUGGACUUCCUGUAGUUUUUAUUCCGAUUGUAUUACACAACUCUGAACAGGUCACUCGCACCGAUGCAAAUAAAUAUUUAUUCACAGUCGCACAAAGUACUUUUCCAUCGCAAAUGCGACUGAAAUGGUCACACUGUAGAGCCCUGAUUCCUGUCCGUUUGAGUAUCUGUCCGUGUGUGUGUGUGUGUGUCCACGUCUGCCUGUUUUUAUGGGAAAUCCUUUGUGUGUAGUUCAAAAAAAUGCAAUUACAAAUGUUUUAGAGACCUUAGUGUGAAGGUUUUAACCCUCCUAUUACAUAUAUGGGUCAAGUUGACCAAUUUCCUCAUUUGAGAUGCCUGAAAUCCUGGUUAAUCUCUCUUUUUCUUUUUGAAAUUCUUUGACUUUUCCUCAUUUAGGGUCAUGAACUUAUAUGCAAAUAUUUCUUCUUAAUAAAAGUUUACUGUUUUAAGCUGUUCUUUGCUGCUGUUUUGUGUAUAUUUAAACUGUGGAAGUCAUUUUGACAGAUAACAUGGAGAUUGUAAGAUAACUACUCCUCCAUGUUGAAGCUGUAGAAUCUGCGGUAUGAAGAGUCUAGUAUCCAUGGAAACCAAGAAGAUUCUAUACGUGUCACAGUAGUUUAGAAUUCAGGUGGCAAACAUAAGCUGCACAAGUCUGGCUGUGCACAUGCGUGUAAAGUGCGAUUUAGAGUUACAGACAUUUUAUUAAUUUUUUUCUGUCUACCACUAUUUUGUGUACAGCGCUUUGAGAAGCUGCUUUUAAAGGGUGCGUUUCCAGUUUUCUACAAUGGAAAGGAAGGUUGCAAAGCCAAGCUUCAUCCUCCCGGCACAAACAGAGAACACAGGUCAUGGAGUAUCCUCUAGGAGUUUCACAGAAACACUCAAGAGCAUGGAACACAGUGAGAGAGCACCCAAGACAGCCAGAGUGUCUGAAUACUAUAAGUUUAAAAAAGAUCAGGAGGAGCUUCGCAGGACUCUUGUCACCAUGUUUAUGGAGGAGGAAUCAGAUACAGGUGAAAGCUUACAAGUUCCAUCUGGCUCUCUAACGGAGAAAAGUAUGUUGAAAUAUUAUAAUUACAUUAGAUACGGGAUUGACACGCAUAACGUGCCCCCUAUGGAAGAUUCCUGGCUAGAGAGUAUUUUGAGCCGGGUGCCAAGUCACUUGAAAACGUUAACAAGCUGUGUUGAGGUUCUUUCAGAUGAAAUAAGAGCGGAUUGUUUGCAGAGUGUUAAGAAAGCUAUAGUGGAUUUUGCUUUGUGUGGCUCGAGAGAGGACGAAGAACAGAAGGUGGACAGUCUUCCGCCUCACAGAGAAGAGAUGGCUCUUUUGCCAAAGCCUUGGAAAGCAUCCUUCCAUCAAGCACAAAAUAGGAUGAGCCAGCAUCUCCACGCCUUCAACCCCACCAUGCUGUCUGUGCUGAACCUGUGGCAUGUGUCCUUCAAGAAUUUACGUCUUCUCGAUGUGACAGAGUUCCACAACAGAGAGGAAGCUAUAGAUAUCUUCAACUUUUACCGGAUUGCCAGCCAACACAUUAAAAGUGCUGAAGACGUCCUGCUGAAGAAGUGGUUUCCUGAUGUGCAGCAAAUCUACUGCCAGGGAAUCAAGCACAACUUGGUCCCCAAAAAUAACAAUCUACCACAGCUUCAGUCCUUCUUCAACUGUGUGGCUGCCCUAAUGUCCUCUCAGCUCCAGAGUCUGGCCCUGGAAUCUAUUUAUGACUACACACGCCUGAUAGCUCAGGUCCAACCUUCAGUAAGAGCGUAUGAGCAUCCGGGCUUUGCUCUGUGGUUGAUCCUGAGGCAGAACAAGAUCACAUUUGAUCCAGAUUUCAAGGAAAUUGAGGCCAUUUUGCUGAAUGUCUAUGAUGAAAUGUUGAAAUGCGUCAGCUUGGUGCCUCGAGUCGAGACAAAGCUGUACUCAGAAUGGCCAGGCACUAAGGAUGCCAGAAACCUGAAACCCAUCAUCUUGCCUGAGAUCCUAAAAGCACAAAAGUAUGAAAUUCUGCAGGUGAUGCAUGAAGACAUGCGUGGACCAACUGAGCACGUACGCCUCUAUGACAAAUUUGCACCUCUGAUAUCGGAACAGGCCGAGCAGGAUAUAGAGCAGUUCCUGGUGGAGCAGCACUCCUUCCAGGAGAUUAUGAUGGAGGCGACACGCUACCAGCAGAUGGCUGAUGAACUCCAGCAUGACUUCUACGAGGUGGUGCGACUCGGUAUGUUCGAAGUGCACUGCGAUACGCUUAUCCAUACACUAGUGUAUCGUGCGGAGGGAAUCAGGGACAAACUGGUCACACGUCUGCGGAAGGACCACCAGAACUUCAAUGAAAAAUUAUGUGAUGAAUAUGAAAAGAUUGAAAAAAAAGCCCUCAGCACUCCUUCAAACACACAAGAGCUCUUUGCUCUUAAGGCCUACAUAAAGAAGGUUGACGCUGAAGAGAUGCCGAAACUGGAGCUCCAGCUCAGCGAAUCCAUGAAUCGUGUCUACUGCUUGGCCGAAUAUGAGUUUUCUUCAACGGACAUAAGCCUGAACAAGAAGCCCUUCCAGUGGCAUUUGUGCAUGCCUUCCAUCUUUGACAAGCACCGAGAGACUGCUAAGGAGAAGACUGUACAAUUCCAGGAUUUCCUUAAGUUGCGUUGCGAGAGGCUCGUGAAAGAUCUGGAAGGAUACGAAAAUCAAGUGGAGGAGUUUACCGCUUUUGGGGACCUAUCUAAACUCAGCAUGUAUCUGAAAAAGGCUCAGGCACUCAAUUCCAAGCUGGAGGAUGCCAUGGAGAAAAUCGAGGGCUUCAACUCAGAGGAAGAAAUGUUUGGAUGGCCCAUCUCCCAGUACCCUUCAUGCAAGAAAGUCCACGACCAGCUGCUCCCAUACCUUCACCUGUACCAGACCGCUACCAAUUUUCAGGCCGAGCACCAGCAGUGGCGUAAUGGCCACCUCACAUCAGUCAACCCAGAGAAGGUGGAGGGUGACGUCAGCAAUUACUGGCGCUCACUCUACAAACUUGAAAAAGGUUUCCAGGACUCACCCAAGGCUCUUCACAUCGCCACCCAAGUCAAGGCUGAGGUGGAGAACUUUAAGCAGUAUAUUCCCUUAGUGCAGGUGCUGUGUAAUCCAGGCUUGCGAGACCGCCAUUGGGAGGCCAUGUCAGCCGUAGUGGGUUUCUCCCUGAAGCCUUCAGAAAACGAGGCCUGCAUUUCCCACUUCAUUCAUCUGCAGCUCGAGACUCACUUGCCCAACUUCGAGAGCAUCAGCGAGGCAGCCAGCAAAGAGUAUUCAAUGGAGAAGGCCAUGGAGCGCAUGGUAGGUGAAUGGGCAGAUAUGACGUUCAACCUGCGGCCCUACCGUGAAACCGGCACAUCCAUUCUGUCAUCAUUAGACGAAAUCCAGAUGCUACUGGAUGAUCAUAUAGUCAAAACGCAGACGAUGCGUGGCUCGCCCUUCAUUAAACCCUUGGAAGCUGAGAUACGAGACUGGGAGGGCAAGCUGCUGCUGCUGCAGGAGAUUUUAGACGAGUGGAUGACGGUGCAAUCCACAUGGCUCUACCUGGAGCCCAUUUUCAGUUCUCCAGACAUCAUGGGCCAGAUGCCAGAGGAGGGACGUUGCUUCACCACUGUGGAUAAAACCUUGAGGGACAUCAUUAAGCAAGUCAGCUUGGACAAGCGCGUCCUGGCUGUGGUGACCAUUGAUAACAUCUUGGAGGAGUUUAAGAAAAGCAACGAGUUCCUGGAGCUCAUCUUGAAAGGCUUGAACAUGUACCUAGAAAAAAAGAGACUCUUCUUCCCUCGCUUCUUCUUUCUGUCCAACGACGAGCUACUGGAGAUUCUCUCCGAGACCAAGGACCCAACCAGAGUGCAGCCGCAUCUGAAGAAGUGCUUCGAGGGCAUCGCCAAUGUUGUGUUCAGUGAUGUUCUGGAUAUCACACACAUGAAGAGCAGUGAGGGUGAAAUGGUGGAGCUGCUGGACAUCAUCUCUACUUCUAAAGCCCGCGGCCAGGUCGAGAAAUGGCUCCUCGAGCUGGAGAGUGACAUGCUCACGUCCCUACACAAGGUGAUAGAAGAGGCUAUCAAGGCGUACCCGGAAGACCUGCGGAUCAACUGGGUACGAGCCUGGCCAGGUCAGGCAGUACUGUGUGUGUCUCAGGUGUACUGGACUAAACACAUCCACGAAGCCAUCGCAACGGGACCACAGGCUCUGGAAGCUUAUUUGCAUCAGAAUAACGCACAGAUCGAGGAUAUAGUGGCGUUGGUGCGUGGGAAACUGUCCAAACAGAACCGAGUGUCUCUGGAAGCGCUGGUGGUAUUGGACGUGCACGCUCGCGACGUGUUGGCCUCGCUUGUGCGCAAGGGUGUGGAUGAUGAGAACAACUUCGAGUGGCUCAGCCAGCUUCGUUAUUACUGGAUUGAGAACCAGCUUCAGACCAAAAUGAUUAAUGCGGGACUGGCUUAUGGCUACGAGUACCUGGGUAACACGCCACGUCUGGUUAUCACCCCUCUCACCGAUCGCUGCUACAGAACCCUUUUUGGAGCCCUGCACUUGCACUUAGGAGGCGCUCCUGAAGGCCCAGCAGGUACAGGGAAGACCGAGACGACUAAGGAUCUGGCCAAAGCUGUGGCUAAGCAGUGUGUUGUCUUCAACUGCUCUGAUGGCCUUGAUUACAUUGCCCUGGGAAAGUUCUUUAAGGGCUUGCUAUCCUGUGGCGCAUGGGCAUGCUUUGACGAGUUCAAUCGCAUUGACCUGGAGGUGCUGUCCGUGGUGGCGCAACAAAUUCUCACUAUUCAGAGAGGGAUCGCAGAUCAUGCCGAGAUGCUGAUGUUUGAGGGUACGGAGUUAAGGCUCAACCCGUCUUGUGCCGUCUUCAUCACUAUGAACCCGGGAUACGCUGGCCGCUCCGAACUGCCUGAUAACCUGAAGGCACUGUUCCGCACCGUGGCCAUGAUGGUUCCUGAUUACGCCCUGAUCGCCGAGAUCGUGCUCUACUCUUGUGGUUUUGUAAGAGCUCGUCCUCUCUCCGUGAAGAUCGUGGCCACGUAUCGCCUCUGCUCCGAGCAGCUGUCCUCUCAGAGCCACUAUGAUUACGGUAUGAGGGCCGUCAAAUCCGUCCUGACCGCCGCUGGAAACUUAAAACUGAAGUUCCCUGAGGAGAACGAGGACAUUCUUCUGCUGAGGUCCAUCAUCGACGUUAACCUUCCCAAAUUUUUGGCCCAUGACCUGCCACUCUUUGAGGGAAUCACUUCAGAUCUUUUUCCUGGUGUAAAACUACCAAAACCAGACUAUACCGUCCUGCUGGAGGCGAUUAAAGAGAACAGUGAGAAGAUGAACCUGCAGGUGACCGAUUUCUUUGCAGAGAAGAUCCUGCAGAUUUACGAGAUGAUGCUCGUGCGUCACGGCUUCAUGCUGGUGGGAGAGCCUUUCGGUGGGAAGACGAGCGCCUAUCGAGUCCUCGCCGCUGCCUUGAACGAUGUCUGUGAGAAGCACCUGAUGGAUGAGAACAGGGUUCAGAUCACUGUUAUUAACCCCAAGUCUAUCACCAUGGGUCAGCUGUAUGGUCAGUUCGACCCUGUCUCUCAUGAGUGGACAGACGGCAUACUUGCUGUGAGCUACAAAGUCUUUGCCACCUCUCAGACGCCAGACAGGAAGUGGCUGAUCUUUGAUGGUCCUGUGGAUGCAGUGUGGAUCGAGAACAUGAACACAGUGCUUGAUGACAAUAAGAAACUGUGCCUGAUGAGCGGUGAGAUCAUCCAAAUGUCUCCUCAAAUGAGUCUCAUCUUUGAACCCAUGGACCUGGAGGUGGCUUCACCUGCCACGGUUUCUCGUUGUGGUAUGAUCUACAUGGAGCCCCAUAUGCUGGGCUGGAGGCCGCUAAUGAUCUCCUGGCUCAACACCUUGCCGUCCGCACUGAUCUCCGUGCACAAAGACCUCAUCACCGGCCUCUUCGACCGCAUGCUGCCCGCCUGCCUGCAGCUCAUCCGCAAAGGGACCAAGGAGUUGUCUCCGACAUCAGACACCAACUUGGUGCGCUCCCUGAUGAACCUGAUGGAUUGCACGUUGGACGAGUUUAGAGACGAGGGCCAGAUGAAGGUCAUGAGCGAGAGAGACAUGUGCUCCUGGCUUGAGGGUAUUUUUGUGUUCUCUCUGGUGUGGUCAGUGGGUGCCAGCUGUACAGAGCCUGGGAGAGUGAAGUUUGAUGGUCUGGUGAGGGAGCUGCUAACAGGUGCUCUGACUGAGAAGACGCGGGCAAGACAUGGCAUCCUGGAACAAAUAGAGGCACCGAGCAAGCAGCUCACAGUGCCCUUACCUGCCGAAGGCACUCUCUAUGAGUACCGCUUCAUCAAAGAGGGUCCAGGCAAAUGGGAGCCGUGGGCCAUGGAGCUGAGGCUGGCGCCACCGAUCCCCAAAGACGUGCAGUUCAACGAGAUCAUCGUGCCCACGGAAGAUACAGUGCGCUACACGGCUCUGAUGGAGCUGCUCAUCACGCACCAGAAGCCCACCGUCUUUGUGGGGCCCACAGGAACCGGCAAGAGCGUGUACAUCCUAGACUUUCUUCUGAAGCGGCUCGACAAGGACACGUACAGUCCUGUGCUAAUCAACUUUUCAGCCCAAACCACAGCUGCUCAGACUCAGGACAUCAUCAUGUCCAAGCUGGACAAGAGACGCAAAGGAGUGUUUGGCCCCCUUCUGGGAAAGAAGAUGGUGUUGUUCGUGGAUGAUGUGAAUAUGCCCGCGAGAGAGACGUACGGUGCUCAGCCUCCCGUGGAGCUUCUGCGCCAGUGGCUGGAUCAUUGGAACUGGUACGACAUGAAGGACUGCUCCAUGAUCAACCUGGUGGACAUCCAGCUGAUGUGCGCCAUGGGGCCUCCCGGUGGUGGGAGAAACCCAGUGACACCUCGUUACCUUCGUCAUUUUAACACCGUAACUAUAAAUGAGUUUGAUGAGAAGACCAUGCAUACCAUUUUCUCCAGAAUCCUGAACUGGCACUUGACUACAAGACAUCCCUUUCCUCCAGCAUUUGCCAGCCUCACCUCUCAGAUAGUGGGUGCCACCCUGGCGGUGUAUCAGGAGGCCACUAAGAACUUGCUGCCUACCCCAGCCAAGUCUCAUUAUCUUUUCAACCUGCGGGAUUUCUCUCGUGUCAUCCAAGGCAUUUGCUUAUCUUGCCCACAGACUGCAGAGGACCCCAAAGCUAUUAAACGCUUGUGGGUGCAUGAGGUGCAGAGAGUUUAUUACGACCGCUUGGUUGACCCAUCAGACCGCACCUGGAUGGUGGACUUCUUGCGGGAGGUCUGCAAGUCCCACCUAAAGGAAGACUUCCAUCAGCUCUUCAAGCACCUGGACAUUGACUCUGACGGAUGCGUAACUGAAGAUGACUUGCGCAGCCUCAUGUUCUGUGAUUUCCAUGACCCCAAGGGCGAAGACCGCAACUACCGUGAAGUUGGUGACCUUGAUCAGCUACGCCCAGUGGUGGAGGCCCACCUAGAGGAGUAUAACAACAUCAGCAAGGCAACCAUGAACCUUGUGCUCUUCCGAUUCGCCAUUGAACAUGUCUGCAGGAUCUCUCGUAUCCUAAAACAGCCGAGGGGUCAUGCUCUUCUGGUCGGCGUUGGAGGGAGCGGUCGGCAGUCCCUGACUCGCCUGGCUGCUCACAUGGCUGAAGCCGAGCUCUUCCAGGUGGAGAUCUCCAGGAGUUAUGGGAUGACAGAAUGGCGUGAUGACCUAAAACGCAUUAUGCGCAAAUCAACAUCGGGUGAUACCCAUGGUGUCUUCCUCUUCACUGACACUCAGAUAAAGAUGGAGUCAUUCCUCGAGGACGUUAGCAAUUUGCUCAACACAGGUGAAGUUCCUAAUCUCUUUGCCGUGGAUGAGAAGCAGGAGAUCUGCGAACGAAUGCGGGUCCUGGACCGACAGCGGGCGCGGGAGAAGCAGACAGACGGAAGUCCACUGGCACUGUUCAACAUGUUUGUAGAGCGCUGUCGCAGUCAGCUGCACGUGGUGCUGGCCAUGAGUCCGAUAGGUGACGCCUUCCGAGGCCGUCUGCGACGUUUCCCUGCGCUCAUCAACUGUUGCACCAUAGACUGGUUCCAGAGCUGGCCUGAUGAUGCUCUACAGGCUGUGGCAUCUCGGUUCCUGGAGGACAUCGAGAUGACGGAUGACGUUCGCGCGGGCUGCAUAGACAUGUGCCAGAGCUUCCACACUUCCAUCAUCAAUCUCUCGGGACGCUUUCUGGCUGAACUGCAGCGUCACAACUACGUCACCCCGACCUCCUACCUGGAGCUCAUCUCAACCUUCAAAGUCCUGCUGGAGUGCAAAAGAGCUGAGGUGAUGAAGCAAAAACGACGCUAUGAGGUUGGUCUGGAGAAAGUGGACUCUGCUGCCGCUCAAGUGGCCACCAUGCAAGUGGAGCUGGAGGCACUUCAGCCUGCGCUCCGGUUGGCUAGUAAAGAGGUAGAGAAGAUGAUGGUGGUGAUUGAGCACGAGUCUGCGGAGGUGGCAGAGACAGAAAAGGUAGUUUGCAUGGAUGAGGCAGUCGCAAAUGAACAGGCCAUGGCUGCCAAGGCCAUCAAAGACGAGUGUGACGCCGACUUGGGUGUUGCUAUGCCCAUCCUGAAGUCAGCUAUGGCCGCACUGAAUACACUUACUCAGCAGGACAUUACAGUGGUGAAGUCAAUGAAGAGCCCUCCAGCUGGAGUCAAACUUGUGAUGGAGGCCAUUUGUAUCCUAAAAGGCAUAAAACCUGACCGCGUCACUGACCCUUCCGACCCACGCAAAAAGAUUGAGGACUUCUGGGGCCCAGCCAAGAAGCUUCUGGGUGACAUGAAGUUCCUGCAGAGUCUGCAUGAGUACAAAAAAGACGACAUUCCACCUGCUUACAUGACCAUCAUCCGCAACAAAUACAUCACCAACCCAGAGUUUGACCCCGCGAAGAUCCGGACGGCCUCCACCGCAGCCGAAGGUCUCUGCAAGUGGGUCUGUGCUAUGGACUCUUACGACAGUGUCGCGAAAGUUGUGGCCCCUAAGAAAGAGAAGUUGGCUCAAGCAGAGGCUGAGCUGAAGGUAGCCACGGAGAGUCUUCAAAAGAAGCAGGCAGCUCUAAAGGAGGUCCAGGACAAAUUGGCCCAACUUCAGCAGAAUCUGGAGGCCAGCAAGAAUGAGAAAGAUGACAAGGAAAAGCAGGUGGAGCUGUGCAGUAAGAAGCUGGAGAGAGCAGAAAAGCUGAUCGGUGGUUUGGGAGGGGAGAGGACGCGUUGGAGUGAGUCGGCAUUGAGCCUGGGAGAAUUGUACACCAAUCUAACCGGAGAUGUUCUCAUCUCGGCUGCUAUAGUAGCCUACCUGGGGGCUUUCACAUCUAGUUAUAGGCAUUGUGCUACGGAAGAAUGGAUCGAGCAGUGUAAGGCCAGAGCGAUCCCUUGCUCUAAGAACGUGUCUCUGAUGCGCUCUCUGGGAGAGCAGGUGAAAAUCAGAAGCUGGAUCAUUGCUGGCCUUCCAUCAGAUAGUUUCUCCAUUAACAACGGAAUCAUCAUUUCGAACACAAGGCGAUGGCCUCUGAUGAUCGACCCGCAGGGCCAAGCAAACAAGUGGGUAAAGAAUAUGGAGAAGGCCAACAGCCUGCACGUGAUCAAGCUGAGCGACAGCAACUUUGUUAGAACGCUGGAGAACUGCAUUCAGUUCGGCACGCCAGUGCUGCUGGAAAAUGUGGGCGAGGAGCUGGACCCCAUUUUGGAGCCUCUGCUGUUGAAGCAGACGUUUAAGCAGGGUGGGAGUGUGUGUAUCCGCCUGGGAGACUCCACCAUAGAGUACUCACCGGACUUCCGCUUCUACAUCACCACCAAGCUACGAAACCCACACUAUCUGCCAGAGACUUCAGUCAAGGUAACGCUUCUGAACUUCAUGAUCACGCCUGAGGGGAUGCAAGACCAGCUGCUUGGCAUAGUGGUGGCUAGAGAGAGGCCAGACCUAGAAAAGGAGAAACAGGCGCUCAUCUUGCAGGGAGCGGAAAAUAAGAGACAGCUUCAGGAGCUCGAAGACAAGAUGCUGGAAGUACUCUCGGCAUCUGAAGGGAACAUCCUGGAGGAUGAGACAGCUGUCCAGAUUAUCUCCUCCUCCAAACUGCUGGCCAAUGAAAUCUCGGAGAAGCAGGCUGUGGCCGAGGUGACUGAGAGAAAGAUUGAUGAAACACGUAUGGGAUACACACCCAUCGCAGUCCACUCUGCAAUCUUGUUCUUCUCCAUCGCUGACCUGGCCAACAUUGAACCCAUGUACCAGUACUCACUAGGCUGGUUCAUCAAUCUCUUUAUCUCAUCCAUCGACAACUCGGACAAGAGCGAGGUUCUGGAUCAGAGAUUGCAGAUCCUAAGAGACCAUUUCACAUACUCGCUGUAUGUCAACGUUUGCCGAUCACUCUUCGAGAAGGACAAGCUGCUCUUCUCCUUCUGCCUCAAUGUCAACCUGCUUAAACACGAAAGUCUUAUUGAUGAGAACGAGUGGCGCUUUCUGCUGACGGGUGGCGUGGGUCUGGAUAACCCUCACUCCAAACCUUACACGUGGCUGCCCCAGAAAUCCUGGGAUGAGAUCUGCCGCCUGGACGAGCUGGAGUGCUUCAAGGGCCUGCGUGUGGACCUGGAAAGAGACGGCUGGAAAGAAGUUUACGACAGCAAGGAUCCUCAUCACGCAACUUUUCCUGGAGAGUGGCAGGAGAAACUGAGACAGUUUCAGAGAAUGUUGGUCAUACGCUGCCUGAGACCAGACAAGAUCAUUCCUAUGGUGCAGGAGUUUGUGUCAAACAGCCUGGGACCGCAGUUUAUCGAGGUGCCACCCUUUAACCUGGGGAACGCUUUUGGAGACAGCCACUGCUGCGCUCCCCUCAUCUUCAUCCUCUCACCAGGCUCUGACCCCAUGGCAGCUCUGCUGAAAUUUGGAGAUGAACGGGGCUUCACAGGGAACAAGCUGUCCUCUCUGUCACUGGGCCAAGGCCAGGGUCCCAUUGCCAUGAAUAUGAUUGAGGGGGGAGUGAAAGAAGGCACCUGGGUGGUGCUGCAAAACUGCCACCUGGCCACAUCCUGGAUGGCCACGCUGGAACGGGUCUGCGAGGAGCUCAACCCAGACACCACUCAUCCAGACUUCCGUCUGUGGCUAACCAGUUACCCCUCGCCUAACUUCCCCGUGGCCGUCCUUCAGAAUGGUGUCAAGAUGACCAACGAGGCCCCUAAGGGGUUACGUUCUAACAUCAUCGGCUCUCUUUAUAUGGACCCCAUCUCCGAUCCGGCGUUCUUCGACGGCAGCUCAAAGCCGGUGGUGUUCAAGAAACUUCUUUAUGGCCUGUGUUUCUUUCAUGCUCUUACCCAAGAGCGAAAGAAGUUCGGGCCCCUGGGCUGGAACAUCCCCUACGAGUUCAACGAAACGGACUUGCGUAUCUCUGUCCAACAGCUGCAUAUGUUCCUGGACCAGUAUGAAGAAGUGCCGUUCGACGCACUGCGCUACAUGACAGGAGAGUGCAACUAUGGAGGACGUGUUACGGAUGACUGGGACCGGCGGACACUCCGCACCAUCCUCUCCAUCUUCUACACCAGUAAGAUCGUCGAAGACCCAGAGUACAAGUUUGAUCCAAGCGGGAUUUACUACUCACCGCCUGAAGGGGAUCGUAAUAGCUACAUAGAGUACACCAAAUCACUCCCACUGUACCCGUCCCCAGAAAUCUUCGGCAUGAACGCCAACGCUGACAUCACCAAGGACCAGGCGGAGACGCAGCUCCUGUUUGACAGCAUCCUGCUCACUCAGUCUCGCGUCACAGGCGGCGAUGCUAAAUCCUCUGACGACAUGGUGUACGAGGUGGCGGCGGACAUUUUGAGCAAACUGCCACAAGACUUUGACAUCGAGGAAGCCAUGCGCAGGUUCCCCACCAGUUACAAUCAGAGCAUGAACACGGUCCUGGUGCAGGAGAUGGUCCGCUUCAACAAGCUGCUCCAGACCAUCCGUGACUCAUGUGUCAACGUCCAAAAGGCCAUCAAGGGUCUGGUGGUGAUGUCGGCCGAGUUAGAAGAAGUAGUGACGAGCAUUCUGAAGGGCCGUAUUGCAGGAAUGUGGAUGAAAAAAUCGUACCCGAGCCUCAAACCUCUCGGCGCCUAUGUCAACGACUUCCUGGAGAGGCUCAGAUUCUUACAGGACUGGUAUGAUAACGGCAUGCCGGCCGUGUUCUGGAUGUCAGGCUUCUUCUUCACGCAGGCUUUCUUGACCGGUGCACAGCAGAACUAUGCUCGCAAACACACCAUCCCCAUCGACCUGCUCAUCUUCGACUUUCAAGUCAUGGACGAAAUGGAGUACACACAGCCUCCAGAGGAUGGCGUCUACAUCCGUGGUUUGUUCCUGGAAGGGGCGCGCUGGGACAGAAAAAAGAAGCUGCUGGCAGAGUCGUACCCCAAGGUCCUCUACGACACCAUGCCAGUGAUUUGGCUCAUUCCCAUUAAGAAGCAGGACAUCCCCAAGCGCCUGUGCUACAUUUCACCCGUGUAUAAGACGAGUGAGAGACGGGGGACGCUGUCCACCACGGGCCACUCCACCAACUACGUCAUGGCCAUGAGCCUCAACACAGACGUGCAGCCUGAGCACUGGAUUCGUCGCGGUGUUGCUUUGCUCUGCCAGUUGAACUAAUUAAGCAGCAAUUCCUGAAAUUGCCAUAUUUAGGCCUCACAUUUACAUUGUUCAAGUUUCUAUUGUUCACAUGUAUAUUGUUCACAUUUAUAUUCUCAAUCUUUAUAUUGUUCUCAUUUUUUUUUAAAGAAAGAAGUGUAGUUGAGCAAUUCCAUGCAAAUGUCAACCUUACCUUUAAAAAGUUAAGUUCUUUAUAUUGUCCUCAUUCUCACUGUCUUUAAUUGUAAUGAAUCAAUCCAUAGAAAUUUUAAUCCUUAUGUUCCGUUUGGGGUUUAUAUAACCCUAGACCCUCUUCAAAAAGUCAAAAAUCAUAUGCAUCGUUAUUUUUUUAAUCCUGAUAUUUCAUGAAUUUUCCUAAUUACUUAAGAUCUUUUCAGAAAUAUGUCUUUUCCUUAAUGAUAAUGUUUCUGAUUUCUGCUAUGACAUGACUACACGUGAUGUUCGGGGUCACAUUGAACCCAGUAAUAAAUGUCGCUCUCUCAUUUUG